CGACCAGUUGAAACACCAGCAGCGCUGAGCGGGCCGUCUGAUUAUUUUGGGAUCAGUUGCUGUGGAGAAGCGUCUUGGUCAUGACGCAAGCUCUGGCUGGCACACAGAGAUGAAUUUGGGCGCCGCAAUGGAUGUGGACAAAAUGCUGGCCCAUGCCGGCGACUUCGGCCGCUACCAGUAUCUGCUGAUGCUCCUGUUCUCCGUCAUCAAUAUCCUGUCAACUUUCGACUAUUUUGGCCAGCUUUUCAUCUUCGUACAACCCGAGUAUUGGUGUCGCUUGCCCGAGCUGGCCCACUUGCCUCGCGAGGACGUGCGUCGGAUAUGGACGCCUCCGGAAGACGGAUCGUGUUCACGUUACGACACCAACCUCACGACGGUCGGCGUGGUCAACGGAACGCCCGACUGGAGCGACGGGAACUGGACGCUGCGGGCUUGCGACUCCGGCUGGGAGUACAACCUGACGGACGGCUACCGGAGCAUCAUCAGCGAGUUGCACUGGGUUUGCGAUGACAGCUGGAAGCCCGCAAUGGCUCAAUCCAUGUUCUUCGUGGGCUCGGUGCUCGGGUCGCUGGGACUGGGUGUCAUGUCGGACCACAUCGGCCGUCUUCCGGUUCUCAUCUUGGCCAACAUGUUGGCCCUUGUCGGAAAUGUGGCCACAGUGUUCACCUCGGGACUGCCAGAGUUCGCUUUCUGCAGGAUGGUGAACGGCCUGGCAACCGACAACAACUUCGUCAUGAUGUAUAUUAUAGUGUUGGAGUACAUGCGGCCAGACAAGCGCACCUUGGGACUGAACCUGUGUAUCGGCGUGUUCCACACUUUAGCUUGCAUCACAGUGCCUUGGGUGGCGAUCUGGGCAGGCAACUGGCUUAUCACAGUGCCCAAUAUUCUGGUGCCUGGCUUCUACUUCUGCGUGCCGGAGAGCGCCAGCUGGCUCCUCAGCAAGGGCCGCGUGCAGCAGGCCCUCGAGUGCUUCAAACACGUCGCCGCUUUCAACGGAAAGACGCUGCCACCAGAAGUUGUCCAGACAUUCGAGACGUCGGCGAAACUCAGCGUUCCUCGAACAGGCAACCUCCUGGGACUCUUCAAGACUCCGCACCUCAGAAGGAAAACCUGCAUCCUCAUCUUUAAAUCGAUGGUGCUGACUCUGUGUUUCGACGCGAUCUCGAGGAACGUGGAUGGUCUGGGCUACAGUCCCUUCCUGAUGUUCAGCAUGACCUCGGUGACCAAGUUUCCUGCCUCGCUGGUGAUUCUGCUGCUACAGGACCGCGUGGGACGCAAGGCGAUGGCUAGCGGAUCGUUGCUUAUCAGUGGCGUGUUCACCAUCUCAUCGGGACUCGUUAUCGCCUUUGUGGGCGCAAAGAGUGUUCCUAUAGUAACGGCAGCUUUGGCCGUGGUUGGCCGGUUCGGCGUCAACAUUGCCUACAGUUCAGGGGCACAGUACGCCGCAGAACUGAUCCCUACCGAGGUCAGAGGUCAGGGAGUGUCUGCCAUCCACAUGGUGGGAUAUGCGGCGACCUUCUUCAGUUCUCAUAUCCUGUACCUGGCAAACUACUCGAGAGCCAUUCCGGAGUUGGUAUUGGGUUCACUGUCCAUCAUCGGAGCCGCACUAUGCCUGCUGCUGCCAGAAACACUCUACAGGACACUGCCAGUCACCUUGGAGGAUGGCGAGGCGUUCGGAGAGGGAGAGGGGAUAUGGGAGUUUGCGUGGUGCCAGAAACCAGACAAGAAACGCCCUCAUCAGAAUAGCACUCUGGAUCUGGUGUCAUGACCCAAACUGUGACCUCAGGAACCACAGACUCAUCGCCGUGAACUUUGCCACAGUGUUCUCUUUGCAGCGCAGUCAUGUUUGACGGGAUAGGCAGUGAGUGAGGAGGUAUUCUGUGACACCAGGCCUGCAGUUACUCACAGACUCACGUUUAUUAAUUAUGUUUAAAGGCUGAAAAAUGAGCGUGUAAAAUCAGAUUUUGUGAAGAAUCACAGGAUGCACAGACAUAUGAAUAUUUCUAUUUGUUUCAGUGAAAGUUUGUUCUAGAAAAUCUUCUUAAACAGCCCGUUUUGUAAGGUUACAUUAUAAAGAGACUGUUCUUUAUAACAUGUAAAUGUAUCCUUCGUAUUCAUCACAUGUACUGACCGUCGUGGCCGAGUGGUUAGCACUCCUGCUUCGAAUUCGGGUGAUCCAUUUCAAAUCUCGGCCCGAAGAGCGGCUGCAGUGACUCAGUCCCACCGUAAAAUAGGCCACGACCGCUUCUUUCCAUGUCCUUUCCGAUUCAUUAGCCACUAUUACCCUUUCAUUUUCGACGAUAUAUAGUCUGAGCUACUGAAAAGCGUAGUUAAAUAAACAUCACAUGUACUCUUCAAUGGCAUCCAUGAUUAGAUGUUUACGAUAUUUCUGGCACAGCAAUAUUGUUCAAAAGAUGGCGCAGCGUGGGAAGAUCUGACAAAGUACAGCCAGUGAUUUCAUUUCUCUGUCUCUCGCUCUUUUACUUAAAACCGUGCAAUAGUGGCAGACAUUUUGUGAUUGCAAUCUGAAUGAGGUACCCCUUAUAUUUUCGACUUUAAAACGGAAGAUGAGAUUUUUUUAUUUUGGGGGCACGAAGUAUGACGCCUAACAAAAGGACGUAGUGAUUUUUAAGCAUGGCGUGGUUAUCUGCAAUACAUCUCUUCGAAAUAGAAGAUACAUGUAUCUAUUUUCACGUAAAAACUAGAAUGCAAUGGUAAAACUACGAUCUACGAUUCGAAAGCGACCUUAGACCAGCUGUCGAGAGGAUCAAAGUUCAAAUUAUCAGCAUCUCUGAUACAGAUUCCACCGAGUCCAGUGCCGGUAUAUCCUGACAGGGUGCCUCAGAAAGCAUUCUGUGAUGUGCAUUUGAUGCGCUGUAAUCAUUCCGCCAAAGUAAGAAGCUUCUAAACACUCAAGAUUCCAAAUGUGAGGUGUAACGCCAUUUCUUCCUAAGUUGUUAAAAGACGACUACAGAGGGCAGAAUUCUCACUUCCCAGCAGAGCACUGAAGACUGAACUCUACAUGAACGACGUAUGAAUACCGUGACUCAAAUGGGCUACUACGUUCACAGAUAAAAUCUUAAUAUACAAGUAAAUAUAUGAUUUCAUAUCAAUCUAUUUUAAUUAAUUUGUAAAACAGCUUAAUGUACUUAUGGAAUAAUAGACUAUAUUUUAAUUAUAUACGAAACAAGAAUGAGCUGUCAGGCUGUGUGAUAAAUAUGAUUGUGAUUCAUUAGUGAUUGUAAGCUGUUCUACUUUGCAAAUCAAAUCGCAAAAAAUAUAAACUAAGUUAUAAUUUUUAAUGGUGUAAGAUAUUGUUAUUUAUGAAUCUCGUGUAACAGCUGUACAAAUAAAAUACACUGACAUUUUUGUAUAUUCCAAGACA